UCCUGAUCGAUUUUUCUUGGUGGGGACAAUUUAUUUAGUUAGGUUAGGGAAAGGGCUGCUAUUAAUUGGCUGCAAAUGGAGGGAUCUGCAUCUGAUUGGCUGCUUUCACUGGGACAAAGGAGUGAAAAUAAGAUAAAUGAAGGGUUGGUGCUUACUGGCUGUUAAGAAUAAGAGCUCUGGGUUCUAAUUGGAUGAGACACCUGGGAGGGACGCCAAAGGUUUCCUUGCCAAUUAGACAGGACUGUGGGAGCUAGGUUCUGAGUGGUUCUUCAGACUUGAAAUAGGACGAGAUGAGGCUAGUUGCAGGUAUUGGGACUGGGGAUUUCUGAGAGCUGUAGUAUUUAAGACCCGAGCGGCGGCUGGGGGGGGGGCAUGUACAGGAUGUGGUCUUUUGAUCUGCUGAUAGUGUUUCAAUUCCUUUCCCAUUUGGGCUGGCGGACUGGCGUGAGUGCAUCUGCUUAGAAAAUGGGCAGGAGACACAAGGCAGUCUGGAUUCACACCAGAGGAGGAAGAUGCUCUUGCUAAUGAUUCCGGUGGGGUGGGGAAUAUCGAGCCCAGAUUUCACGCUGAAUGGCUUGGAGCUCAAGGAAACCAGGCCCCCGCCUCUCCCCUGCCCCCCACACGUACCGAUUGGGCCCAACCCCGCCUGAACCCCUCCCUGCCUCCGCCUCACUCCUGACUUGGGCGCAGCCAACAGCGAAAAUGGCACCACGCGUUAGGGCGGAGCCGGCGGCACAUAGAGGACUUUUAUUGGUUGAGAGUGGCAUUGGCCGCCUUCCCAUUGGCCCGCUGUGUGAGGGGGCCGUGAGGGGAUGGGCCUGAUCUAAGAAUAUUCAGAGCCUGCAAGCCAACCUAGAUAGAUCCAGGCGCCCGUGGGAGAAGCAUCCCCGAACCACGCUUCCAGGUUCUUCUGUUCCUGUUUCUCCUCUCUCUAUUUAACUGCACACAGCCAUGACCACUGUCAGCCCCAUGCACCCGUACUGGCCUCGGCACCUAAGGCUAGACAACUUUGUGCCCAAUGACCGUCCUACUUGGCAUCUCCUGGCUGGCCUGUUCUCAGCAUCUGGGGUCUUAGUCGUGACCACAUGGCUGUUGUCCAGUCGAGCUGCAGUCAUCCCACUGGGGACUUGGAGGCGGCUGUCCCUGUGCUGGUUUGCAGUGUGCGGGUUCAUUCACAUGGUGAUUGAGGGCUGGUUCACCCUCUACCAUAAGGACCUCCUUGGAGACCAAGCCUUCUUAUCCCAACUCUGGAAAGAGUAUGCCAAAGGGGACAGUCGGUACCUUCUGGACGACACCUUCAUAGUGUGCAUGGAAACUGUCACAGCAUGGACGUGGGGACCACUCAGCCUGUGGGUGGUGAUUGCCUUUCUCCGCCAGCAACCCAUCCGCUUUGUCCUCCAGCUUGUGAUUUCUGUGGGCCAGAUAUACGGGGAUGCACUGUAUUUCCUGUCAGAGCACCGCGAAGGGUUCCAGCAUGGAGAGCUGGGUCACCCACUCUACUUCUGGUUUUACUUUGUUUUCUUGAAUGCCUUGUGGCUGGUGUUGCCGGGAGUCCUCGUGCUUGAUUCUGUGAAGCAUCUCACUUAUGCCCAGAGCACACUGGAUGCCAAGACCGCAAAAAUCCAGAGCAAGCUGAACUAGUGAGUGCUGGGCUGGGCUUUGAACACUGGCUGAUGGAGAACUCAUCACUUGCCAGAAGAGUCAACUCCUGCUCCCAGCGGUUAGAGGGGCAAAGCUAACAGACUUGCCAAACUCCGGCUGAGGGGUGGGCACAAAAAGGGCCAGCGAGUGGAAAGAAAGAAAGGAGCGACGUGGAGCUACUGCCAAGAGCUGUUGGAACAAAGGCACAAGAAGACCUGGGGGAGGGGGCGGGGAAGAAGACCUAG